UCAUAAACCAAAUUCAACUAAGUAAAGGAUAUCUAAUAGUUUUCGUUUUUACGGUAACCAACGGAUAUUUACAAAACCUAUAUAUAAGCACACAUCUCCCUCAAUUCCUUCUCAAUUGAUUGCACCACAACAAAAUCUCACUCCAAUUUUUUGAUUUUAAUUGUCUCUUUACUCGUUCCUUCCCUUCCCGAUUACUGAUCUUCCAUGGUUGAUUUAAAACUUAAUAUCUCCGAGGCUUUUGAUCCAUCCGCUGAGUCGAAGGAUUCGUCUGCAGCAUCUACGAGCUAUGUGCAUAUCCGAAUAUACGAGAGAAGUAACAUGACGACGCUGACUAAAAUUCAAGGAUUACCUAAAGAAUAUAGCUACUCAAAGAUUCUCAGGGAUCUGAAGAAGGAAUUCCGUUGCAGGGGGGAUGUUAUUAAGGAUAAGGAACUCGGUCUCAUAAUCCAGCUCUCCGGUGAUCAGCGCAAGAAUGUUCAUACUUUUCUUGUCUCUGUUAAGAAUCUAGUUCAUAGGGAAAAUAUCAAGGUUCAUGGUUCCUGAAUUCUUUCAGGAAUUUAUCCCAAGUCCGCAUUCAUUAACACUGCUUAGUUUUAGUUGGUUUUCCUUUUAAUGUACUUUGAGCUACUGAAGUUUCUGUUUUUCUCUAACAAUGGAGAUCGAAUCUUACAUUUCGAUGCGAUGAGUAUUUUAU